CGGCAACAGAAACACAAAGUACCGACUCUGGUCAACCUAGCAACAGGGAUUGAACACACACACAGAGGGCGGUAUUUGUAAGGGGGACAGCAGGACGAUAAGACGUCAUGAAGGAUUUGCCUCUGUCCCUGCUGAGUCGGGGGUGUGGUCGAUUUGUCUCGUCCAACAGAAACACGGGGAGAGAAGAUGGACGGUUGGAUGUCUGCUUCACACCGGAGGAUUAUUACAUCUGGAAGUCCCAGGACUCUCUCCUGCGAGUGUCCAACAGCGGCCGUCUGUUUGUGGAUGCAGAGUCAUCCCUUCCAAAGACGUACAGCACCCGUAGAGGGCCACUUCUACUGUACUCCCAGGACUUGGUUACUAUGGAAACCAGUCGUUACUCAGAGACAAGAGACAGGAAGCAGCGGGUUGUCCGGCGGUACACUCAACAAGUGGAACAGCGGCUGAGCACCCUCAAGGAGUUAACAGCAGCCAUUUUGAGCUACGGCAACUCUAAGUUCACCUCCGCCAGACUCGCUCCCCUCUUCUUUCCUCCUCUUCAUCUCCCUCUUGCUCCAGACCUUCAUCGUCCCAGUCCUCCACCCCUUCGCACGACACAGGAGCAGCCCAUUCCAGAGCUGCUUGUACAGUUGAACCCCCCGUGCAACUCUCCUGCAGAGAGAAGAAGCACUGAACAACUAGAGAAUCAACCUGAAGAUAAAGAGGAGGAGCAGGGCAGCAGGAAGAGGGUCCGACUGGAUCUGUUCCUCCAGAUACCCUGCACCUCCAGGACUCCAACUCCACAGAUGGAGCCUCAGCCCUGGGUACACUAUGUAGCGAUGACCCCAGAAGAACCAGAGGAACCUCAGACUAGCGAAGUCUCCAGUCUGCAGCAUACUGAAAGUUCACAGCAGACUGAAAUAAAACACCACAGUAUGGAAGAGGAGCUCCAUCAUCCAAACAUGAACUGGGUCCACGACAUGGCAGAUGAUCGAGGCUGUGCCAUUCAAGACAGUGGAACGACCGGCGAUGAAAGCAAUUAUGAAAGAUCGAUGAGUGGGAACAGACAUGGAAGGAUAGGCUUCCUUCCUCCUCUGACAGUGGGACAUUCAGUCUCUAACGGAUCCCGCUUGGAGAAGACAGACAGGCCGAGAUGGGAAGGCCUCAGCAGUGACGAACACCACGCACGAUGCCUACCUCCCAUAUCAGAGAGUCGUACCGUCGCCUCCGGCCGGGGAGUCCAUGCUCAGAACCAACAGGACGCCCAACCAAAGGCAGAAAGAGUUGGGUUUCAAUCCCAAGAACAUCUGAAUAGACUCCAUCAGCAGUCCCUGUUUCUUCCUCUGCUGUUUCCUGGGAAGGAGGAAGAGUUAAGCGGAAAGCAAAGAGGAGGAGGAGAAAAAACAGAGAGACAAUACUAUAAAAGAGAGACAGUAGGGCAGGAAGGAGGAGGAAGAGGAGGAGGAGGAAGAGGACUACCAUCUGAGAAAGGUUCUGUGAUUCUGCUGGAGCCGGGAGAGGAGCCUCCUCCUCCAGUCGGAGUGUUGGGUUGUGUUUCAGGACGGAAAGGCCCGGGCAAACAGAGCUCUCUGGCCUUCUUACAGAACCGACUGCUUGACCUCCAGGAUCCCUGCGAAUCAAUCGAUGAUAACAGAGGCGUGGUUAGAGGCGUUCUGCCUCUGGAGCUGAGAGAUUUGCAGAACGGCAAAUCUGUUGGCAGCGUGAUCUUGGGUCCUGAUGGGGAGAUCAUUCAGCUGUCGCUGUACGACAGCAGCCAGGACCCAUCUCACAAUGAUGGUGACACACAGGAGCAAGCUCUGCAGGUUUUGUCUGCAGAUGGAGAGGAGUUACCCUGGGUUAUUAUGCUGCAGCCUGAACACACACAUACAGAGGGAGAGGUGGAGCUGAACACAGAUGUUCCUGUGGGCGACGUACAGCACCAUCAGUCUGUGCACAAGCUCUUAGAUCUUCACAGAUCAACAGAGACUACUGCAUGCUCACCCAGCAGCCACGCAGGUAAAACUCCAGCGGCUGUGACCAAGAAACAAACAAAGGGUGCAAAGGCAGCGGUGAAAAUCUGGAGAAAGGAUGCUAAAAACAAUAUUAGGAUGCCUCCACUGAGGGAGCAGGUAGGGAAGGAGGAGCCAAGAGGAGGAGGAGGCAACACUGAGGCAGAGGAGGAGGACGAAGAGGAAGAGCUGGACAGUAAAGGACAGACUCGCCAUUUGUCUGGAUCCCAUCAGCCAGGCAGAACUUCCCUCAGUUUCAAAGACCGAGAAUCAAGCCGGCAGAACAUCAUCCCAGAUGAAGCACCAACAGAGGACGCUGUGGACAAAAGGAGGGAGAAUACGAAGAGGAAGGACGCCGAGGAAGCUGCAACAACCACAGGGAAAAGGGAGAUGAAAACAGUGAAAAGUGCAAAAUCAGAAGUGCAAAAUCAGAAGACAUCGAGGAUGAAGAAGGAAGGAAGAAGGCAGAAGCAAAAGACAGGAGGUGAUGCUCGAUCAAUCAGGAGCCAGAAACAAGAGGAGCGGACCAACAGAGAAGCAGUAGAGACUUCUGCUCUCCCUUCUGUGAAAGAAAGGAUGACAGACAGGGAAGAAGAGAGAGGAGAAGUGCAGAUGAAGGAGGAGGGAGAAGAGCGAGGAGAAUUGGCGAGGCAGAAGGAAGCGUCUGCUGGGAGGAAGAGGAGGAGAGGAAGGCUGAAACACAAAGAGUUAGUGGUUGGGAACCAUGAGGACCCCCUGGAGAACGAGGAGGUGGAAAUCAGCCAGGAAAUAUCCACCAGAAGCCCCUCUGCAACACAAAGACACAAUAACAAAACUAAUUCAGAGGAGGGCACAGACGCAGAGGAUCUUCCCUCCAACGCUGACAAUCACAGCAGCGUCGGAUCAGUGAGCUCGCUCAGGUCCGUCGCCGCUGCAUCCCAGUUCAGCCAGAGGAGCUCCAGAAAGUCUGCUGCCCCUUCCUGUGAGGGGGCAGUGGCGGCCGGCGCCAUGGGUCUCACUUCAUCACGUGUCAGCCUGUCGUCAUGUUCAACUGUCAUGAUAACGGAGGAACAGCUGAUGCUGAACCCAGUAAAGCCAGAGUUCUCCAGGCCCAGAAAGACUCAGAAGGAGGAGGAAGAGGAGGCUGCAGCUCUGCGUCGGACCCAGCGAGCAGAGAGACGGAGGCAGGAGGUGGAGAGGAAGAGGAGGGAGCGGGAGGAAGAGGAGAGGAAGCAGCAGGAGAGGGAGCAGACAGAGGAGAAGAUGAAGAGCGAGCUGGAGGGGGAGAGGAGGAAGAGAGCUGAGGAGCUCAGGCUGAAGAAGCUGGCGGAGGAGGAGGAGAGGAGGAAGCGCGAGGAAGAGGAGCAGGAGCGAGCGAGACGGGAACAGGCGCAAAGAGAAAGAGAGAGGAGGAAGCAGGAGGAGAGGAGGCGGCAGAUGGAGCGACUCCAGAGGAUGAGAGAGGAGGAGGAACAGAGGAGGAAAGUUGAACUAGAGCAUCUGCGUCUGGAGGAGGAGAGGAGGCAGGAGGAGGAGAGGAAGAAGCUACAGGAGAUGGAUGAGAGUGAGAGGAUAGAGUACCUCUGUAGGAAGGAGCAGGAGGAGGAGAACAUGAGGAACAAAGAGGAGGAGCGUAAGAGGAGAGAGGAGGAGGCUGCCAUGCGAGCCGCAGAGGAGGCCAGGAUGCAGGCGGAGCUGCUCGCCAGACAGAUGGCGCUGUUGCAGCAGCAGUUGGCCUUUAAAAGGGGUCUCGUGUUGGAGGCUGGAGGUCUGGAGAAAACUCAGGGUAUCUCCAGGCCGUGGGUCUACUCUUAUUUCACUUUGUUAGAGCUACUGGGUCUAAAUCCAACUAAAGCUGAGACCACGACCCCUGACCUUUAACCUCCGUUUGAGAUCAUGAUGGAUGAGUGGGAAAAUAUAUUUGUUUGAUGAAAUGGUUCAUUAAAUCAAAUGGGAGACAAGCAUCUCAUCACAUCCAUACUCCUCAUCUGGUGCAAUACACCUGCCAUGACAUACUGUAGUUGCAUCACACACCCAAGUCUCAGCUACUCACGGCCAGAAAGACCAGUGAAAUACACACAUGGGAAAAAAAAGCAGGGGCAGAUUUUACAGUUACACAAACAGCUAUAGAUUUAUUAAGAUGUUUAGGUAUGAAAAGUAUUGAAUUAUGUUACUAUUCUAUCUAAUUGUACCCAAAAUAACUAACAAAAGGCUCCCAAAGCACUUAGAAAUAUGCAACUCAACUACUUACUGUGUACCCCUACUGCAGAGGAAAACAUUGUAGUACUACAUUUACAGUUACUGGUUGUGUUGCAGAUUCAGAUUUCACUCACAAAAAAAGAACAAAUAAAAUUUGGUGUAUUAUAAUUAUUAAUUUAAUUAUCCAUAAAUUGAGGCUUUGAACUUAAUCUUUCGGGAUACACAGUGUACUCAUACUAGGUUUAGAGGCCUUACUAGUCAGGUAUUAACUAUACUUUGAUAGAUUUUGUGUAAUAAUAUAAAAAUUAAUGCAUCCUAAAAAUGAUGAGGAAUUGUUUUGAUUUGUGUGUGCGUGUGUGUGUGUGUGUGUGUGUGUAUAUGCGUGAGUCAGCGCGAUGGAUUGAAAGGAAUUUUCUCCUCAGUAUGAUGAAAUAUGUGAUGUGAAAUAACCCAACUUCAGACUUAUUUGGAUAAGGUAAUUUCAGUAGCAUUGAGCCAAACACAAGCCCAGAGGUGAUGUAAGCAUCCUGUAAUGAGUGUCAUUAGGUCUACUGGGACCUCCCCAGUGUGCCACAGGCCUCAGGGAACAGGGCCGGCUGCAGCCACACUUCAUACAGCUAAUUACUGUAUGACCCAACAGCUACUGUGUGUUGGCCUCAUGGGAUGCUUCUCUAAGCAAAUACCUCACACCUCAGUAAAAUGAUCAAUAGGCAUAUGUGUAAUGACCUCUGAGGGCGUAGCUAUUGUUUUUGAGAGGUUACUUGCAGUUGUUACAGUGGAAGCGGUCAUGUGAUCGUCUUCAUUAUCCUGAAAGAGCAAAUUUAACAAACUGCACCACAGCGGAGACCAAAACAUGCAACUAAUAAAAAAAACUACAGGCUCUCAAGGACAUUUUGCCCAUUGUGAGGAGAGGGCUACUCAGUUUGUGAUGCUGGUUCUGACAUGUGUUCAAUAAACUCUGUACCAUAAAUUCCA